GAUGCUCAGUGUCCGUUGUCUCGAUUACCGAUUCGAGAGCUGUCUGCCGAAAGUAUUUUUUUCCAAAAAGCAGUUGUAUAGCUAGUGGUUCUAAUAUUUUUCUGCUAUCUUCGUUGUCUGACCACCAACUGUCACCCACCAGGGAGGAAUGCAAUGUUCGAGCGACAGUGAUGAGUGGAUCCGAAGGGAAGUGUACGAAUGAAUAUUAUGUUUCCACCGAGGCCUGGAUCGGGUCGGGCUGGAAAUAUAUACUGCGCUCUAGUCAGUCGAAUUCCAGUUACUGUCACGAUCGGAAUGUGUCCGUGUUGAGGAGUGUCGAAGGAAUUGUUCUCCUGUGCGUGUGUUUGAUGUGGGGAAAACGUGUGAAGAAAUGCAGACUUUAAAGCUGCGGUGAAAAAAAGUGUCGAUGCUGCGUUCUUGUUUGGGUAGUUGAAAUGUUUGGAUUAGUUCAUUAGCUGAGUAGUUUCGAGUGCUAUGUAAACCGCGGAACAUUAGUGAAAAGAUUUUAGAUAAAUUUGUCUGUCACUAAAUUCAGUCAGACCGUCAUUCAAUUGUGUAGCAGAUUCACUGGCAACAGUUUAGAUUUAUAAUUUGGUACUCUAAUGGCCAUAGGACAUUCGUUCAUCCGGUCUUUAUUUGCUUGAUCGUUCACCUGUACAACCGGGUGGGUGCGCACUAACAGCCACUAUGUUUCGUUGGUAGAAGCAACAUUUGAAGACAAUCACCUCCACCAUAGAUUCCCACGUGACAAUUGCCAGCCCUGGAGCGACAGCGACAGUGGUCGUUGCAGGGCCGAUCACAAUGCGACUGAAAGGCACGAGAAAAAGCUUCGGGCGACACAGGAAUAUGAUCGAGUUUCCCCAGCCCAGCUCAUCGUGUGCUAAUCCCAAGAAAACAUUGAAUUGAAUUGACAAUACGCAAAAUAUUUAAAAUAUAUUUACAUGUUAUGUGUUAUGUGGAGUUAUGUGCUUGUUAAUCAACCGGUAGCAAAACGGUUCUUUCCUGGUAGUGUGAAUUUCUGAAAAACUUACUGAAACGAUAAGUGCUAGUUGAACGCAUACCCUACCACGAUGGACUUUGUAAACAAUCUGAACCCAUUCCGACGACGUCGGCCGGGCUCUGGGGGUUCAGCGGUGGAAGCCGACUCAGGCUCGGCAACGACCCCACCGAUGCCAUCGCCGACGAUCGUUCUCUCGCCGGCCAGUCCGUCAUCGGGGCAAAUUUCCGACGGUUCGGGUGAAUCAAACGGCUCCAACGGGGAUAAAAACAAGCACAAGCGAAGAAGCAAACGUGAUCGUGACGUUUCCGUUGUUCCUAUCAGCGAAGUGACGGAAGCAUCGCUGGAACUAUGGCGCACGCUGCCCUCCAAGAUCCGGCACGAUCCGAGCAUGGUGUCGUUCCGGCAGGUUGAACUCGAGCAGGCCCGGUUGCAUGGUGACGACACUGACGGUUCGUUCUCUGACAUGCAACCGGUGGAGGAUGAGGGGGAAGAAGACGAGGAAGACGAUUGUGAUGAGGAUGAAAACGGGAGCGAAUACAUCACUAUUAACGUGACAAACGAGGAAGGCGAGAACAGGGAGGUCGAACACAUAAAGGAAAAGAAAGAGAUCCCAAAACCUCAUGUGCAUCACCUGGCAGGUCACUACAUCAGCAAUAAUCCACCACCGAAGCACGAAGAUUACAAUGACACCGGUCAGAACCACAUCGACGAGGAUCAUCCCUUCCGAAAGUACUCGAAGAUCAUUUGCCUAUUUAUCACGUGGUUGUUGAUAAUGGGCUUCCUGGUAGUGAAGGACGAGAAAAUCAUUACCGAUAAACACCUUUCGAUCCCGGUCGGAAAACCCAAAGCCUACAUCCUUCCCAAGCUACCGCUAAGCUCUCGCGUGAAACUAUCCUUCGACGGGACUUUUCUCGGCGAACAGUUCAGCAAUAUCACCGAAAACUAUUUGACAAUCUAUCUGCAAUCUCUGACGUCGAACUUGGAUAAAAACGUGUCCGAUACGUACAGUACUGAGCUAGGUUCGGUUCGAAAUAUUAGUGAUCCUUGGCAUAUCCCGAUCGUGCAUCCGUAUCUCUUUGAUAACGCACCGAUCGUUAAAAAACAGCAUAUUUUCGAAAUCAGCGAUAGCAAUUACGAUCGUAUACACCAGCAGAGUAGCGUCGUUCGACUGAUUGUGACAAGUAACAUCCAGGCCAGCAUGCCCAUCGCGGUGCAGUAUGAUCAGUCACCCGUCAACCGGGAUGUGGGUGUGAUCUACGCUGCCUUUGUGCUGAUCUUCCUGUACGCGUUGAUUGUUUGGGAAAUUGUUCAUCGAACUUUUGCUGCCGUAAUCGCAUCGACGCUUGCUAUAGCCAUCCUGGCAGCACUGGAUGAUCGACCUACAAUGGAGGAUGUUGUGGGAUGGAUCGAUGUGGAAACGAUUCUGCUACUGUUUUCGAUGAUGAUCUUGGUGGCGAUUCUUGCGGAGACUGGAAUUUUUGAUUUUCUCGCUGUUUAUAUUUAUAAGAUCACCAAUGGGAAAAUCUGGAAUCUCAUCCAUUGCUUAUGCAUCUGUACCACAUUGAUCUCCUCCUUUAUGGACAAUGUGACUACAGUGUUGCUGAUGGCUCCCAUCACAAUAAGAUUAUGCGAGGUAAUGGACAUGAACCCCGUGCCAAUCCUGAUGGCCAUCACCGUGCAUGCUAAUAUUGGAGGAACAACGACGCCGGUUGGGGAUCCACCCAACGUUAUCAUCACAUCGAAUCAGUAUAUUUUGAAACACGGGGUAACAUUUUUAACGUUUACUGCUCACAUGCUGGUCGGUGUGGUCAUCGUCGUAAUAGCAACGAACAUUCACCUCCGGAUUAAGUUCCGAAAUAUCAAUAACCUCAGAAUGCAUGAACCAAAGGAAUUAAGAGAGCUGCGACGAAACAUAAAAGUCUGGGAACGAGCCGCCGGAAAGAUCCCACCAUAUUCGAAGGAUGCCAACAUUGUCCGCGAAACGUUGAUGAAAAAGGUCCGUCUAUUAAAGCAUGAGCUGAAAAAGAUGAUGACCAAAGUAUGCCUGCCGAAGGAUGUUUACCGUUCGACGCUUGAAGAGCUGCAAAAAGAACAUCCAAUAAAAAACAAAUCAUUGCUUAUCAAGUCUGGGGUCGCCUGUGCCCUAAUUGUCUCACUAUUUUUCCUUGAGUCGAUCCCGGAGCUGAGGCGACUGUCCUCCGGAUGGGCAGCACUUCUUGGUGUUGUUCUAUUGCUGAUCAUCGCUGACAAAAACGACAUGGAUGCCCUUCUAUCCCGAGUCGAGUGGCCAACCCUGCUCUUUUUCGCGGCAAUGUUCACCCUGAUGGAAGCCAUCGAAAGAAUGGGUUUAAUCGAUUGGAUUGGCCACGCGACUGAAUCCAUCAUUCUAGCGGUAUCCGAAGACCUACGGCUAGCGGUUGCAAUCAUCAUAAUUCUGUGGAUUUCCGCUCUAACGUCGGCCUUCGUGGAUAGCAUUCCCGUGACGGCUAUGAUGGUCAAGAUCGUCGUUGCGUUGUCGGAGAAAUCUUCUCUUGGUCUUCCUCUUCAACCGUUGGUGUGGGCGCUAGCGUUUGGAACUUGCCUAGGAGGCAACGGAACACUGGUCGGUGCUUCCGCCAAUGUCAUUUGCGCCGGGAUAGCAGAACAGCACGGUUAUCAGUUCAGUUUCAUGGACUAUUUCAAACUCGGUUUUCCCAUUAUGUUGGUAAGCGUGAUUGUAACGACCGGAUAUUUGAUUAUGGCUCACGUCGUGUUCACCUGGCACUGAGCAUGUUUAAGACAGAAAAGGACAAAAUUUUGGUUCUGAGAAGUCAAAGGGAUCAGAAAUACCACAAUAGUCGUGGAAUGCAACGUGUUGUAUUUAUAGUACGAUAAGACUAUAUUGGUGAAAAUAUUUGGUAUUAGUGAGCGUUUUUCUUCUUAAGAUCCAGUUUCACUACGAUUGUCAUCCAGUUGUUAUAAUUGUGUUUUUUUCUUACUUGCAUAUGUUUGAUAACCUAGAAAAUUUUACUGUAACACGAAAUAAUUAAAAUUAUUGCCAAA